AUGUCUUCCUUUCCAACACAACAACGUUCCUCCACCUCUUCACACAUUUCUCCAAUUUUUGAAGAAGAAGCUUUGACCACCUUGACAUCAUUGCCAAAAUCAUUCUCAUGCCCUAAUGUUCUUGAUGUAAUGGAAAAUGACCGUUCGGCAUCAUCUCCAGCAACAAUGACGUCGUCAUCUUGGUCUUUAUUUAAUUUAUUUGGAAGUGGUGUCAAGAAACAACGACCGCACUCACCACAUGCAUCAAAUCUCCACAACCACCACUCUUCGACCGUCGUUGCUCCUUCAACAAGCAACAACACAACAAAUGGAAAUGUUACACAUCUCCCAGAAGAAAUUUUGCAAUACGUCCUCUACUUUUUCACACGAGAAGAAUUGUUGUGUAAAAUCCAGUUGAUAAAUUCUACCUUCAAACGAUUAGCAUUGAAUCGAGAGUUAUGGUGGCAUCAUACUUUUGUGAGAAAUCCACACUAUGUUUAUCAGAAACGAUCCUAUGCCAUUGAGGAACCAUGCGACGAUCGAGCCAAUGACAACUCAUUGACCAUGACAUCGAAAUGUCAAUGUUGUGACGUGUACAAUGAUCAUGAGGAUCAUCAUUCUCACCAUGAACCAUCGAAUACUGUCAUGUAUUCAAGUUCACUCAAGAAGCGAAUUCAACACAUUUUUAGAGUCUCCACUGGUUGUGAUGCUAAUCCAUCUCACAUUUACAAACAUGACAUUUUAGAGAAUCAGAACAAUACAUGCAAGUCACAUUACUUAUCCAAAUUUGGAGAAACUAUUGCACCUCAAUCGACCUCAAUGGAAUACACCACCUUAGAUUGUAUUCAUUACUUUAUGGAAGAAAAGUUAACAUCUACGAGCAUUUCAUCCAUCCUCAUCCCAUCUCCAAAUGUACCGACCAUUGUUGCAAAGAAAUACCCACACAUUAUUUCUGAAGAUGUGAAAUUGACACAAUCCUUAAAUGGUUUGAUUUUGGGAGACACUCAAUCUGAUAUUGCUGCUUCUAUCAGUGAAUAUUUAUUUGGAGAAGUAGCCACGAAUGCCUUUGGAGGAGGUGAUAAUUCCAUGAUUCAUAGAAUUUUCCCAAGAUACAGACACACCAUGACAUGCAUUCCUUCAAAUAGUGCCACACCAAAUGUCAUGAUCAUCGGAGGAAUUUUGACACCACGUCAAUUACAUGCUGAAAAUCCACACCGACAAGGAAUAUACACUAUGAAUGCGUUGUUUAUUCCAAAUCAAUGGGCAUUUGACAUUCCUCGAGAUCACGAAGUUGCUUGUGUGAAAUCGUAUCCCAAUUCUUCCAUGAAUGAUUCUGAACCAGUUCCUGUUGAUUUACCUCAAAUGUUUGGAAAGCAUUCUGCAGUAUAUGCUCCAUCGGUGCGUUCUGUCAUUGUCUUUGGAGGAUCGUACGAAGACUCUGUGACAAGUGACUUGUACCAUGUUCAACUUACGGAUGCUUACUUUUCAUCCAGAUUUUGUACCACAGCCAACACAAGAAGAGAAAAUUCACAAGGUUCCUUUAGAAGAUUCUUGUCUCCUUCUCGAAGUGUACCAAUGAAUCUCAAUGCGAGUGCCAAUGAAGUUCUUUUCAAAUGGCAAAAGAUUGUGAAACCUAAUGGAAUGGAAUGGCCAGCUCCUCGAACUAAUCAUUGUGCCGUCAUGCUCAACGAUCGAACAAUGAUUGUCAUUGGAGGAGGUGUUGGAAAUAACAUGACACCCACCAAUGAUGUUUGGGCCUACGAUGUGGUCACUCGAACAUGGAAGAACCUUACUCCUUUGAUUGAGAAUGCCGAACUUUUCACACCACGUUUAGGAUUUGCUGCCACUCCUCUCAAUUCACAUUCCAUUCUAUGUUUUGGAGGAGGUUACUGGGUUCAAAAUUCUCCUCAUGACAAGUAUUGGAGAGAAUCAUACAAUGAUGUCCAUGUUCUGGAUAUACAUAAUUUAAAAUGGACAAAAAUGGAAACUCGAGGUGAGUCACCAAGCGCUGGAACUUUCCCAGCCUUCUCUCCAACAUUGAUUGGUGUUCAUUGGUAUAUUAUUGGAGGAGGAAUGAUGUGGGACGUCUCUUCAAGUAUUUAUCAAUUGAAUACUGUCACAUGGGUUUGGGAACGAGUGGGAGAAAGCUUUGGUGCCGAUUCAAGUUGUUUGGUGAAUUUAUCCAUGUAUACUCAGGGCAAAAACAAAGUAAGCACCAAGUUGGUUCAUUGUGGAGGAUAUCGUUAUGAACCCUUACUCGAUGCUAAAGUGUUUUCUGUGAAUUGGAAAGAUCAAAUGGAUGCCAAGAGAAAGGAAUCGACUCGAAAAGUCACUAUGAAAUCACAUGUGGUUCAUGCUCAGCAGCAAAAUGGUCAACAUGUUGCUCGUUCUGAGAAGGAUCAUUGA